UUCAUCUUGCCCUUUAUACACAUCUCAGGAAAUAACAGUCUUCAUGGCAGAGUUGACCUUUCUUUAGAGGUUUCUCGUCUGCCUUAAAUUGUGCCAUUAUCAAAGGAAAUUUUACAUUUUACACAAUGAGGUGGACAAGAAACCUCUAAAGAAAGGUUGACUCUGCCUUGAAACUUAUUUCCUGGGGUGUGUAGAAAGAUAAAUUUAAAGAUGUUUUUAACGUAUUGUUUUUUCUAAAACUUUUUAAUAAAUUUUCUAUGUGUAUACUUAUUAUCCUGGUCAUUUUAACAGACCUAUCUAUGUUGUCAAUGAAUUACUACUUCAACAACCUACAGCUAUCGCUACAAACAACUAGCACUUUCAACGAAACUAUUUUCGUCUUCUUCAGGUUGAAAGAACAGUUAAUAACCUUUUUUUAAGUUAAAUAAAAAAUUCAGAUGGCUACAAGGGAUUACAUGUAAACAAUGUGCACAUCCACAGCCAAUUCCGUUCUGCAAUUACACAGAUGAGUAUGUUCCAGCCUGGGUUCUCAACAUUAUACAAAGGGGUCCAAAGUUUAUCCCCCCCACCAAGUGAUUCUGGUGCUUCUGAAGUGGUCCCAGCAACUCUGGUGGCGCUUAAAAACUGCCAAGCGGCUUCUAAGUUCCCUAGUAUGGAGCUUUCCAUCGUCUCAGUGCUAACUUCCCAGAAGCAUUCCAAGAGUGGUGUCGGAAAUUGUGUGAACAGUUAUAUUGUAAAGCGGUACCUGCAGGAGAGAGGUCUACGGCUUCUAAUUUCGGACAAGGAGAGAAAGUUCGUUUUGUGCAAAGAAGAGUAUUUUCUGGCCAGAGCCUCAGAUUUCCUCAGGCUUUCCCAUGCUGAAGUUCUACAGACUGAUCCAACCCCUUCGGUACUAAGGAAGGCUAGGAAAAUAGCAUCUCUUCCAAGUAUUUCCACUCUUCCUGGACAUGUGGAUUCGCUGCCCAAUGUAGCUUGUCCUAGGCUCUUUUUCGAAGUAAAAACCCAUAAGGAGAACUGGCCUCUAAGGCUGCUGGUUAAUAAAAGGUCCCACCCAACCUACCACCUGGAGACGGCUGUAGCUAAGUUACUGAGUGGGCUCCUUCCUCCAUCGCCCCUAGUUAUGUCAUCGUCCAUUGCGGCAAAGGCCACUAUUUCUUCUGUGUUGGAUAAUCUAUCUCAUAGCAAUUACAACUUCUACAAGAUGGAUAUGGUUGCACUCUACCCCUCGGUACCGCAGUUUGAGGUGGUUAUGCUCGCCAAUGCUAUGCUUGUUAAGGAGGGUUUUACGGCGCAGCAAAUCCUAGAAAUACGAGAGGCCUUGAUUUUUAUCACGGAAAAUAAUUACUUUCGGUUCAAUGGGAAAAUUUACUUACAGAAACAAGGGGUACCUAUGGGCUCUCCGCUAUAUUAGCGGAAUUACUCAUGAGGCGUGUGGAGCAAAGAGUGUUUACCUUCCCUCUCACCAUAGCAUACCCGCUAUUAUAUCUUAGAUAUGUGGAUGAUAUCUUAGUAGCCUGGCAACACACAGAAGAGGAUUUCCAUAUUCUCAAAAGUUAUCUUAUGGAGGUUUAUUCUACUAUCAAGUUUACCUGGGAAAAGGAAAACGGAGGUGAAAUUGCGUUUUUAGAUCUAAACAUCAACAAAGCCCAGGGUGUGAUAGUGUUCUCCGUAUUCCAUAAGUUCAACAGCAUACCUCCUUUAAUCCCUGCCACCGCGUACCAACCGCAGCACUACGUCAACGCAGCUAUCGCCCCUCUAAUUAGAAGAGAUUUUUUGUUGUCUUCCAAUCAAGCUCUUGUCAACAUCGAGCUUGAAGCUAUAAGUGCAACGGUAAGUGCAGCGGGUUAUGCUAGAUAUAAGUACAGGUACAUCCUUAGAAAGGUUAAAGGUUCUCUAUUUCUGGACACGACCUUGCAGGCCUCGGAAGAAUGUACGAUAAUCCAGCCCCCAUUACCAUUCUGUGGCCGUAUUACUGGUCACAUUUGCUGUAUUUUUAGGCAGCAUGCGCUUUUCCUGCCAGUGUUGCCGUGGCCAAACCUUAGAAGAAUGCUAUGCAAUGACAGGGAUCCUUUUUCUGUGCUAGAGCGGUCUGGAGUGUAUUCCAUCCCAUUGGAAACCAGCAUUGGAUUUUAUUCCAAUGCUGGU